AGGAAGGACGAGACCCGGAUACGCGUCACUUCUGCUGACUGCCGCCUCCUGGGCUCGGCUGUAGCCGUCAGGCUGAGCCCCGCGUUUCAGGCCGGGGUGAGUGGAGAAGGCGAGGGGCCGCUGGGUGCUGGCUCUGGAGCCUCGGGGCAGGGAAGGCAGCGUCGGCGCAGAUCAUGAAAGCAGUGAAAGCCAGGAGUCAACAUUAAAGCAAGGCCUUUCCAUAAAAGAGUCAUCCCAAGAAAGACUCCAAAGGGAUACUUCCUAUGGAUCCAAGUUGAGAGAAACUUGGAAAUGUUAUAUCAUAUUAGAGGGAGAGCAGGAAAAGGAGAAAUAUUCUGGACAAGAAAAAACCACCCAAAGGAAAACUCUCAGCAAAGUGAGAGGCCAACAAUAUAAUAAAUGUGGAAGAAGCUUCAGUUUAGAUCCAUUCCUUUUCCAACAACAGAGAGUAUUCAUAAAGAAGAGUCUUCAUAUACAUAAUAUACAUAUAAAAAGCUUUAGGAUGUAUUCAGACUUAAGGAAAUAUAAUAGAAUUUACUCAAAGAAGAUAUUUUCUAAGUAUAAAAAUGAAUGUCAGAAACCAUUCAGUUAUAGUUCAGAUCUGUUUGAAUUUCAAAAAAUUCAUGCUACAGAGAAACCUUAUGAUUGUAAUGAAUGUGGGAAGGCCUUCCGCCAGAGCACACAACUUAGAAUACAUCAGAGAAUUCAUACUGGGGAGAAGCCUUAUGAAUGUAAUGAAUGCAGGAAAGCUUUCAGCCAGAGCUCACAGCUUUUACAACAUCAGAGAAUUCAUAGUGGAGAGAAGCCUUAUGAAUGUAAUUACUGUGGGAAGGCCUUCCGCUGGAAGUCACAACUUAUUCAGCAUCAGAGAAUUCAUACUGGAGAGAAACCUUAUAAAUGUAAUGAAUGUGGGAAGGCCUUCCACCAAAGCACAGUACUUAUUCAACAUCAGAGAAUCCAUACAGGAGAGAAAGCUUAUGAAUGUAAUGAAUGUGGAAAGUCCUUUCACUGGAGCACACAGCUUAUUGUACAUGUGAGAAUUCAUACUGGAGAGAAACCUUAUAAAUGUAAUGAAUGUGGGAAAGCCUUCCGACGAAGCUCACAGCUUACUGAACAUCAGAGAAUUCAUACUGGUGAGAAACCUUAUCAAUGUAAUGAAUGUGGGAAAACCUUCCGCCAGAGCUCACAGUUGAACCGACAUCAGACAGUUCAUACUGGAGAGAAACCUUAUAUGUGUAAUGAAUGUGGGAAAGCCUUCCAUCAGAGUACAGGGCUUACUCAACAUCAGACAAUUCAUACUGGAGAGAAACCUUACGAAUGUAACGACUGUGGGAAAGCAUUUAGCCUGAGCACAAGACUUACAGUACACCAGAGAAUUCAUACUGGAGAGAAGCCAUAUAAAUGUAAUGAAUGUGGGAAAACCUUUCGUCAGAGUGCAGGACUUACUCAGCAUCAGACAAUACAUACUGGAAAGAGAGCUUAUGAGUGUAAUGAAUGUGGGAAAGCUUUCCGACAAAACUCACAGCUUACUCGACAUCAGGUAAUCCAUACUGGCGAGAAACCCUAUGAAUGUAACAAAUGUGGAAAGACCUUCUGUCAAAGCUCACAGCUUACACAACAUCAAAUAAUUCAUACUGGUGAGAAACCUUAUGGAUGUAACGAAUGUGGAAAAACCUUUCGCCAGAGCUCACAGCUUACUCGGCAUCAAAUAAUACAUACAGGAGAGAAGCCCUAUGAAUGUAAUGAAUGUGGGAAAGCUUUUCGGCGGAGCACAGAGCUUAUUCGACAUCAGAUAAUUCAUACUGGAGAGAAGCCUUAUGAAUGUAGUGAAUGUGGGAAGGCUUUCCGCCGAAGCACAGGACUAGCUGAACAUCAAAGAAUUCAUACUGGAGAGAAACCCUAUGAAUGUAAUGAAUGUGGGAAGGCCUUCCGUCUGAGCAUUGGACUUACUGAACAUCAGAGAAAUCAUACUGGUGAGAAACCCUAUGAAUGCAUUGAAUGUGGGAAGGCUUUCACCCUAAGCACACAACUUAAUCGACACCAGAGAAUUCACACUGGAGAGAAACCUUAUGAAUGCAAUGAAUGUGGGAAAACCUUUCGACAGAGAGCUCACCUUACUCAACAUCAAACAGUUCACACUGGGGAAAAACCUUAUGAAUGUAAUGAAUGUGGAAAGACCUUUAGCAGAAGUACAGGACUUACUGAACAUCUGAGAAUUCAUACUGGAGAGAAACCAUAUCAAUGUAUUGAUUGUGGAAAGACUUUCAGAUUGAGCACAGGACUGGCUGAGCAUCAGAGAAUACAUAGUGGAGAAAAACCAUACGCUUGUAAUGAAUGUGGGAAAGCCUUUAGCCUAAGCAAGCACCUUACUCAGCAUUACAGGAUUCACACUGGAAUGAAACCUUAUGAAGGUAAAGCUUUAGGAAUAUAAUAAAGUAUGAAACAUUUCAGCUAGAUUAUACAUGGAAUAUUAGAGGAUUCCAGGGAAAGGAAAACCUUAUGGAUGAAUUAAAUCUUUCCUAUCUUGAGUCCUCAGCUACUUCCCUUUUCUAAUCCUCAUACUUAUAAUGGAUGAUUUAUGCUUUUAAUUUACUGAGAAUAUUGUGAUAAUCUUAUUGGAAUUUGCUCCUUUAAUUCCAUUCUUAAUUGGGCUUAAACUCUUUCUUCCUUACUAGUGUCACAGAAGAGAUCUCCCUUUUUUAUUAAAGCCAGUUCCUACGCCUGUGCUUUUGACUCCAUCACCUCCUGUUUACUCCGGGGACUUUUUCCAGGAACCUUAUCUUCUCUGACAUGUGUCUCAAACCUGUCCUGUACACUGGCUCUUUCCCAGCUGACUACAAGACAAAGCCAGGUCUUCCCAGUUUACUGGGGACCUAAUCAAGCUACUAUCUUACCUUUUUUCCUCCCUUUCACUGCCAAAUUCAUUUAAAAAGGUGUCAAAAGUCAAUAGUAAUAAUUGACAUUGUAGUGUUUUAAAGAUUAUAGAGUGCUUGAUAGAUGUAAUCCACACCAAUAUGGUGAAAUAAGCCGACUGUUAUUAGCCCUAUUUUUGAGAUGAAGUUGUGGAAGCUUAAAUAGGUUCAGUGAAUUGCCCACUUUCACACAGCUGUUAUACCUCAUCCUUCAUCACUCACCAUCUUAACAUCAUACAAUCUGGACCAACUCUACUGGAAUAGCUUUGACUAACUCUCCAAGGAUCAUAAGAUAAACAAACACACUGGUCUUUUUUAUUCAAUGUGAAUCCUCCGUAACUAUUUGACAUAGUUGUUUGCCUUUUCCUUCUAGAUAAUCUCUGUAUCCUUUCCAUUGAGAUAUAUGUCUUUGGUUAACAGUAAUGACUCCCAUCCACAUUGUGUGUUUGAGGUUUAAGUUGGCGGUGCAAGUAUUAUUACUCCCAUUUUGCAAAUGAGGAAACUGGCGCUGAGAAGCUAAGUCAUUUCCCCUUGGUCUAACAGCUUGGAGUGCCUGAUUGCGAGGCGGGGGUUUUAGUGGACUUGCAAAUUCAAUAUAAGUCAACUAUAAGAUGACAACUAAAAGAACUAAUGUAAUCUCAGGCUGUAUUGAGAGAGAUGAAAUAGUCAGUACUUCAGAAUGGAGAGGCCCCCAGUUCUCUGUCUUGACCCAUCUACAUAUAGAGUAUUGCAUUUAAUUCCGGGCACCUUAGUUAGGAAGGUUGUCGAUUAACAGGAGUGCCCAGAAAAAAGUAACCGCACUGAUGAAUGACUUUGAGUCCUUGCCUUAUGAGGAUUGGUUCAAGGAACAGGCGAUGUUUAGUUUGAAGAAAGUUGAUGGAAGGACAUGAGAGCUGUCUUCAAGAAUUUGAAAGGCUGUCAUGUAGACGAGGAAUUUGAUUUGUUCUGGUUGGUUCCAAAGGUUGGAAUUAAGAUAUAGAGUCACAUGUAGGGUUGAUAUAAGGAAGAACUUAAAAUUGGAGUAAUCUGCAGGUGGAAAGGACUGCUUUGGGAGUUAGUGGCUUCCUUUUCAUUGGGGAUCUCCAAGCAGAGGCUGGAUGACUGUCACUUUUCAGGCACAUAGUGGAAAGAAUUGUUUUGGGGCUAUAGAAUGGACAGAUAUCUCUGAGGUUCCUUCCAGUUGUGAAGAUCUAUAAUUGUGCAAAGGCUUCCCUCUUUAGAGGUUUCUGCCAAAGGUUACAUGCCCACCUUUACAGCAUAAUAAUAAUAGACUUUAUGUAGCACCCACUGUGUGCCAGACACUGUUCUAAGCACUUUACAAAUAUUAAUUUAUUUGGCCUUCAUAAUAGCCUUGGGAGGGAGGUGCCAGGUGCCAGGUAAACAAAUGUUUCUUGAAAGAAAAGACCAGUUGUCGUAAAUGACCACUUGAAAGAUGGUUCAUUCUUAAUCAGAACCUUAGAUUAAAGCUAUCAUGGACAUACAGUAUCAUCUAUCAAACUAACAAAAUUUAUUCAAAAUGAUAAAUUCUAAUAAGGGCAGUUAGGAAGCACAGUAGAUAUGGUGCUAGGUCCGGAGUCAGGAAAACCUAAGUUCAAGUCCAACCUCGGACUCUAGCUAUGUGACCCUGGGUAAGUCACUUAACUUCGACUGCCUCAGUUUCCUCAUCUGUAAAAUGAUCUGGAGAAGAAAAUGGCAAACCACUCCAGUAUCUUUGCCAAAAACAACUGAAAAACAAGAAAUUCCAAAAAUGCUAUGGCCAUAAAGUAAUAGGCACACAGUUACAUUGGCUGGGGAGCUGAAGAUAGGGUCUGUCUUCUGAAAAGUUUGUUUAGCAUGAGCCAUAGAACCAUCCAGUCCUCUUUGGCCCAGUAACUUGCCUAUGAAGACCCAUCAACUUUGAGGAUGCUUGUGGUGGGUGGUGGUGAGGUGGGAGGACUCCUGCUCCUAGAAAAUGAUUCUUUGAAAUGCAAUUCAUAAGAAUAAAAGCCCUAGAAACAACCCUUAUGUCCAAGGAUUAGGGAAGCGUCAGGGCCAACCAGCACAUGACUAUGUGACCUACCGUGAUGCUAUGAGGAAAUUAGGGGAAAAGAAAGAGAAUCUAAAUAGCAAUGUACACCCUGACAGUUCUGUAAAUAAGAGCAACACAAUCCAGACAAAUGUGCAGAAGCAAAGAGGCCAUUUGUGAUACUUGAGCAAUAUCAAGACUUUAAAAAUAAAUGAUUUCGUGUAUGAACAA